AUGGGAGGUCUGAGGCAGCUGCUGCGAUGCUUGGGAGUCAUCGCCGGCUGCAUCUCAGCGGCCCGCGGCCAGCCGUGGGGAUGGUGCAAGGCGUGCCCGCUCCAGCCCGCCGCAGGACGGCCUCCGCGCAGCCGGGAAGGCGCACUGGGGGCUCGGCGACUCCAGUGCCGCCUCGCGGCCGAGGAGAGGCGCGCGUUCCUGCGGCUCACGCACGCCCGCUUCCGGCCAGACGACUGGCCGAGGACGCAGGCGCCGGGCCGGCGGAACUUCUACCUCGAGACCUUCAUCUUCGAGCACCGCGGGUUCCUCUCCGCAUCGCCAGGCUUUCGGCACGGGUCAGCCGCGGCGAUCUCGUGGGACGAGCGCUCCGUGCACGAGGCGCUCUACCGCGGCUGGGCAGAGAGGAGCCCGGCCGCUGUCGCCCAGCUGCCUCGGCCCCGUGCGGCUCGGAGCGCGCACCUCUGGGCAGGCCUACGGCUCGGCGGCUGGAUGCUGGUGGCUGCUCUUCUGGGGGCAUGCUUGGGGCUGGCUGUCUCCGGCGAGUUCACGGCCUCGGUCGUCAUGCCCCGGCUGCUUCUGGCAGGCGGGCAUUUUGGUUUGAUUGCAUACUCAACGGACGCAUGGGCCACAUUCUCUCGCUUGCUGAUGGCCGGCGACUCCGCACCGGCGGCGCUGGCCGCCACCUGGCGGGGCAAGGAUUUCGAUUCUACAUUGGGAUACCCAGGGGAAGGCCCCCCAUUGCCAGGCACGCCACUGGGCGGUGAGCGACAGGCGCGGCAGAGGAGCCGUAGCCGGGAGCGCGGCGCGUCCUCACCCCCCAUUGGCCGUCGUGGAGCUCAAGAGGGUCCAGCUGCCGCUGCCGACAGGGCGGGCUCGGUCCCUCCGGGAGGACCUGGCCAACAGCCAGAGAUGGAAGUUGACGACUUGCGCCGGGGGGUCCGCAGGUUGGACUUCGACGAGGCGAUGCCGGCCGUGCCGCCACACCCGCCGCCGACGCGUUGGCAUUGCCCUGUGGCCGGCUGCCCGUGCGCCGACCCGGCCAGGCACCAGGGUUGGGCCAACGCUCAAGGCCUCCAUCGCCACUUGGACGCGCACCUCAGCGGGCAGCUCGCCGGCCAGGUGGAUCCCGAGUGGCUUCGCCGGCACGGCCGCGCUCGAUGCCGAGUCUGCGGCCUCAGCGUGGGGGCCAAUCGGGGAGUGCACCCCGCGUGCCGCCCAGCGGACCGCGCAGCCCUCCGGGUGGCCGCCGCGCCGCAGCCAGUCCACGCGGCCGCCGGCAGAGGGGUUGGGGAGGGCCGCCCGUCCCUGGCGACCGUCCACGCCGCGAGCGUGCCCACCCUCCGGUACGUCCCCAAGCGUGCCCGGGCCGCCUGGUCCCGCGCGCUCACUCGCUGCCUUGCGGGUGUGGUGGCGCACAACUCGGUGGCUGCUUGGACGGACUUGCAGAUGUUGGCCAAAACUGUCCUCAGCGUGCCCCCGCGCACUGGCCGCGACCACGAAUCGGCCCUCGCGGCGUUCACGUUGGAACGACUCGCGCGCUGGGAGGCGGGCGAGCGACAGUCGCUCUGGCAGGAGGCGUGCGACGCGCAGCCUGGCCGACGUCGUCGGCCAGCCGGCCCGCCCACGGCCGAACUACGGGCAGCGCGCGCCACGGCCUACGCCGCAGAGGGCCUUCUGGCCAAAGGGUGCGCGGCCCUGACGGCCCAAGGUCUGGCCGAACAGACGAGGGAGACGGUGCUGGCCCUCGAACGACUGCACCCGAGGGCGCCUGCCGAGCCGCUCGGGCGCCUGGACUCGCUCCUGGCCGCGCCAGAGCUCGCGCCCAACGCCGUGCUCAAGGCCUUGCGCGCUUUCCCAAAAGGCACCGCCCCAGGCCCUUCUGGACUUCGCGCCCAACACCUGCUGCACGCUCUCACACCCGCCAUUCGUGCGACAGUUUGCGAGCAGCUCGCUGCCGUCUUCACCGAGGCCUUCACUGAGCGACGGGCUACCAAGGUGGGGCCGACCUUGGCGGCGCUGGAGACCCUGCACCCGCAGGUUGCCCUCCUUCUUCUCCGGCACUGCGCGAGCUUUGGCAAACUGGUCUACUGCGCGCGCACCGCGCCGCCGGAACUGCAGGCUGGCGCCCUCCGAAGUUUCGACGCCGCGCAGCGGGCUGCCCUGGGGGGCUUACUGGCCGCGGACCUGACAGACGCCCAGUGGCACCAGGCCUCCAGGGCGCACGCGGCGGGUGCCUACCUGGCGAGCCUCGGCGCCACGCGGCGCCUGUGCUCGGAGCUGGACCCGGCGCACAUCUGGGCGCCAGAGGAUGCGGGCACGCGGGCUGGAGCUGCUCUCUCUGCGCACAACGCGCAGCUCCCGCAGUCCGCCGGCCUGCGCCCGGGCGCUCUCGAGACGGCCAAGCAGAAGGACCUCUCCGCCGCGCUCGACGACUACUGGCACCGACACUUUCUGGAGAACCUCGGGGCAGCCGACCGCGCGGACAUCCAGUCCGAGCUGCUCCCCGGCGCGUCGGGCUUCCUGGAAGUGGCGCCCAACGAGAAGCUGGGGCUGCUUUUCGAGCCGGAAGAGUUCCUCACCGAACUGAGGAGGCGGCUUCUGAUGCCGGUCUACGACGCGGACCACUUCUGCCCUUGUUGCGACGAGCCUUGCGACCGGCACGGGCGACACGCGGGCCUCUGCGCGGGCGCGGGGGACCGGGUUUGCCGGCACAACGCCGCGCGCAACUUGGUCGGGCGAUUCGCCGCCGCUGCCGGCUGCAACCCGGAGCUGGAGAGGCCGGGGCUCCUGCCACCGCGCCCGGGCGACGACCGCGCCAUCGGGCGCCGCCCCGCCGACGUGUACGUCCCGAGCUGGCACCUAGGCGCGCCUGCCGCUUUCGACUUUGCGGCGUACGAGGUGGUCAAGCGCACCCACCUCGACACAGAGCGACACCCGCGGGUGGCGCGCUUGCCGCGCGGAAGGGCGCCCGCUGCCAUGGUCGUCCGCGUGGUCUUCGAGGUGACCUGCCCCACCAUUGGCUCCGAGGCGGUCUGCCUCGUCGGGUCGCUGCCCGAGCUCGGCGCGAUGGACCCCGGCGGCGCCGUGCGGCUCGAGAGCGUCGACAGCGACUGCGCGGCCUGGCGCACCGCCGAGCUGACGCUGCCGGACGCCACGCCGGAGGCGGUGCAGUACAAGUACAUCAAGAUCUUCAGCGGCUCGGUGGUGCAGUGGGAGGCGGGUCCUAUGCGGGUCCUGGAGCUGGGCGAGAUGUGCACAACCGAGGCAAACUUCGUGGAGGACGUCGCGUACGACAUCGACGACAACAUCGCGCGCCGCAAUGGUUAUUGUCGCAUCAGGUUCGAGGAGCAGGCCGGCGUGGCAAAGAGCUACAGCGGCAUGACGAGCCUGCAAACGAGUGGCAUAGCGAGCAGCAUGACCUCCCCGCUCCGUACGAGCGCCAACCCGACCCCGCCGGAGAAGGUUGGGUGCAGGAGGGAGCUCGACGGCAUCCUGUGGGAGCUGGUCAAGCUGGAGUCCAGUAGCCUGCCCAGCCGGCCGGAGAUCCGCCGGGCAAUCACCUCAGUACGAGCCGCCAUCGAAGCCGAGCGGAAGGGGAACGCGCGGAUGCGCAACGCUUGCGCCGCUUUCGUCUUCAUGAGGCUUUCGUUGUGGACGGUGCCUCUGUUGCCACUCGUGGUCGCCAGCAUCAUCCUCUGGAGGGUGCCGUCAGCGCGAAGGAGGAAAGCGGCGGCCGUCAGCGAGCUGCGCGCGGCGUUGGCGAGGUGCGUCUCACAGAACGGCGGCGGCGCGCAGGCGCUGGCCGGCCCGCGGCUGCAGGCGCCGCGGGCGCCGCCCCUGCCGCCUGGCGGGCCGCCCGCGCGGCAGCUGUGCUCUUCGAGCGCGGGGGCCUCCGCCUGCGCCGCCUUGCUCGGCCG